AUGGUCAGCAAGAUUCUCUUCUGGUCAGGCUUCGGCCUUGCGGUCCGAUUCUGGCAACUCGGCAUUGAGAUGCGACCUUUCUUCCAGAAAGAGAAUUGGCUCAUCUAUCCUAUCUACGGCGGACUCGGCGCUUCGUUCGGCUACUGGUUGCAAGGAGUGGAGAACAAACAAAUGCGGAUCCUGAAUGAGACUCGUGAACGAUUACUGGAGAAGCGGAGGAGAAGGGCAGAGCGCGAAGGAGGUGUGAGUCCUGGUACCAAGGAGGAAGGUUUAUUCCCAGCUGCGCCUCAGAAUGCCAAUCACGCAUAG